CCACGGCUGGUCCCAGGGAGCUCAGACUGCGCUGGAGGCUUCCUGGGAAGGAGGCGGGGGGGGGCUUGUUCGGUCACGGGAAGCCCCGGCGCAGCUGGAAGAGAGCGAGCGAGCGGCCUUGAGUUGCCCUGGCCUCGCCCAGCCCAAGGCGGUUUCCAUAGCGCCCACUUAGCCGAGCUGUCCCUCGUAAUCAUGAGGACUGGAAACCGAGGUUGAGGAGAGAAGCCAUUGUUGGCCAGCUGUGUCACGCCCGACUCAGGUCCUUGCUGGAGCUCCUUGGAUGAGAAACGGAACGUUUUGUUCCUCUUCCUGGAGGAAAAAACAGCCCAGCCGAGACGCCCCCGAGGAAGCCCAGGCUGAAUGCGCCAGGCCUGAGCCAAGGCCGCCUUUCCCCGCCUGGCUGGCACCGGGGCAGCCCCGCCCGGCCCCCGGGGAGCUUGGCCUGGAGCUGGGAAAGGGGUGGGUGGGCUGGCUUCAGCAGCAGAGGAGACCCUCCCGCUCUCUUUCCAGCCGGAGACCACCCUUAGCGCCUCCCCCCCCCCCGCCGAGGUGGACGCCGAAGCCAAUGGCUACCUGAACCAAGGAAGGCAGAGAGCUUGCUCGGCCUCUCUCCACGGUGGGCCAAGCGUAGGUCGAGGCGUUGAGCCCCUACAGACCGGCCCCUAUGACUGGAGUUGAGCAGGUCAAUGCGAAUUGCCCCCCUCUGAGCCAUGCGGGGUCCGGGCGCCCGUCCGGCGAGUGCAGCCCCUUCACCGAGAUAGCCAUGAACAGCUGCCGGCACAACGGGGGGGCCAUCCGACCGCUGGGCCGCCUGGGCGUCUCCCCCCGCCACCUGGGCGAGCUGGACACCGAGAUGCAGCCCCUGCAGACCUUCCCCGACUCCGACUUGGAGGUGGUGGUGGCCAAGGCCGAGCCGGGCAAGGGGGGCGUGGAGCCCCAGCUGGACGGCAGGGCGGAGGGGCCCGGGGGGCGCAACCCCCGCCAGAGGAGGAACCAGAACGUCGGACACCGGCUGGGCCACCGGCGGGCCCUCUUCGAGAAGCGCAAGCGGCUGAGCGACUACGCGCUCAUCUUCGGCAUGUUCGGCAUCGUCGUCAUGGUGACGGAGACGGAGCUCUCCUGGGCCAUCUACUCCAAGGAUUCCUCCUACUCCUUCGCCCUGAAAUGCCUCAUCAGCCUCUCCACCGCCAUCCUGCUGGGGCUGAUCAUCAUGUACCACGCCCGGGAGAUCCAGCUGUUCAUGGUGGACAACGGGGCGGACGACUGGCGCAUCGCCAUGACCUGUGAGCGCAUCUCCUUCAUCACGCUGGAGCUGCUGGUCUGCGCCGUCCACCCCAUCCCCGGGCAGUACGUCUUCACCUGGACCACCCGGCUGGCCUUCACCUACACCACCUCGGAGGUCAGCACCGACGUGGACAUCACGCUCUCCCUCCCCAUGUUCCUGCGCCUCUACCUGAUUGGCCGCGUGAUGCUGUUGCACAGCAAGCUCUUCACCGACGCCUCUUCGCGCAGCAUCGGCGCCCUGAACAAGAUCAACUUCAACACCCGCUUCAUCAUGAAGACCCUCAUGACCAUCUGCCCGGGCACCGUCCUCCUGGUCUUCAGCAUCUCCUCCUGGAUCAUCGCCGCCUGGACAGUGCGCGUCUGCGAGAGGUACCACGACAAGCAGGACGUGACCAGCAACUUCCUGGGCGCCAUGUGGCUGAUCUCCAUCACCUUCCUCUCCAUCGGAUAUGGGGACAUGGUUCCCCACACCUACUGCGGGAAAGGGGUCUGCUUGCUCACCGGGAUUAUGGGUGCAGGGUGUACAGCGCUUGUGGUUGCCGUUGUGGCCCGGAAACUGGAACUCACCAAAGCCGAGAAACAUGUCCACAACUUCAUGAUGGACACACAAUUAACAAAGCGGGUGAAGAACUCGGCGGCCAACGUGCUCAGGGAAACGUGGCUGAUCUACAAGCACACCAAGCUGGUGAAAAAGCUCGACCAGGCCAAGGUGCGGAAACACCAGCGUAAGUUCCUCCAAGCCAUCCAUCAGUUAAGAAGCGUGAAGAUGGAGCAAAGGAAGCUGAGCGAUCAAGCCAACAUGCUGGUGGAUCUAUCCAAGCAGACCCAGAAUAUCAUGUACGACGUGGUGUCCGAACUGCAGGAGCGCAACGAAGACCUGGAGAAGCGGAUCAGUGCGCUGGAGGGCAAAAUUGACACGCUGGGAUUCACCCUGCACGCGCUGCCCGGCCUCGUCAGCCAAGCCAUCUGGCAGCAGCAGCACCAGCACCGGGCCCUGCCCCGGGGCCACAGCACCUCCCACGGCUCCGAGCGCUCUCUGUGGACCCCCACGCGGCGGCGGGAGUCUCCCUCCACUGCCCCCCACACAUCCUCCAACAGCGGGUGACGAGCGCCGGAGCCCCAGAGCGGCUCUGCUCCCCUAUGGCCAUCGUGUGGCCGGAUUGCCUCUGAGCUUUUUUUCUGGAAAGCCCCCGAAGCACGGCCACCUCCCCCCCCCCCAGUGCCAGAUGGAGAGGGAGGUCUGGCUUGUCUUUGGCUCGGCCUGGAGAAGAAGCCAUCGUGCCAGGCCAGUUCCAGUGCAACAUUUGGCAAAGCUUUGGGGCAGGGCGGGGGGCAGUCUUGGUAGAAAUAAUGCAUGUUCAAAGGAAGGGAAGGAAGGAAGGAAGGAAGGAAGGAAGGAAGGAAGGAAGGAAGGAAGGAAGGAGAUGGGAAAAUGGUGGGCGGCCUCAGAUUUUCAAUUGAAGAAAUAAGGAAAAAUCUGAGCACUCUCAGGAUGUAGGGGGCUGCCCCCUUCCCCGUGGGCACUGCAGGGAAUGGGUUACAGCCUGUGGGGGAAUGACAUCACUGUGUAUCACGUGACUUGAUUUGAACCAGACCCUUCGGCUUCCAGGGAGCACAGGUGGGCAGGGUGGGCACUUUGCUUUUUAUAAUAAAAUUGGGGCAGUCUCGAAGUGCAUCGCGUCACUUGCCACUGUGGGUAUUCCAGGCUGUUGCCCUAGAUCAGGGAUAGGCAGCCUGGGCUCUUUUAUGACGCGUGGACUUCAACUCCCAGAAUUGCUAAGCCAGCCUGGCUCAGCUUGGAAACUUCUCCCUGUCCCCUCAGCACGGCUGGCUCAGGAAUUCUGGGAGUUGAAGUCCACGAGUCAUAAAAGAGCCCAGGUUGCCUACCCCUGCCCUAGAUGUACCCCACACGGAUGUGUCUGUUAACAGCAUGAAAAGGGGUGGCAGCCCUGGCCGAGUCGAGUGUUUCAAGGAAAAGUGAAGUGAAGAGAAACUGACACUACCUCUGUGUGGUUGUUGUUGUUCAUUCAUUGUUGCCGAUGUAGAUCUCAACACUAUUAGUCAUGUUAAAACUGAAUUGGGGAGGGGGUGGUUUCCAGCCGCACAGAAUGUCUUGGCACAGCUCGGCAGACCGGUGGAAAUGACAGCGGGGGGGGGGGAGAGGGGAUGGUUGUGUUUGGGUGUGCCACUUUCACAAAUGCAGCUUUGUGCAAGUGUACUCACCUGUCACUUCCAUAGCCCGGUUCCGAAAGGGUUGUGGUUCAGCACUGGGCCACAGACCCCUGUCCUGGCAUACGUUGGGCAAGGGAAAAAUGUGUAAGCACCACAGUUAUUUUAUUGCUAGCUCUAGACAGCUCACACGUUGUGCUUCCGCCGUGCGCUUUACUCUGUAGGUUUGACAGCCCUUGUGGAUGAGGCCGUGCCGGCUAGGGUGCUUCCGUGUCAGCUCUUCCCAGGGACUUGUGUCUGUGUCCAACAACUUCAGGGAGGCCUUUAAGUGUCUUUGUGGAGUUUCUUCUCCCCUCCGUCUGAGUGUUUCCCUCCCCCCAAAAAAAGCUGCUUGGAUACGCGCUUGUCUGGCACGUGGGUGGCAUGACCCCCCCCACCAGUCUGUGCUCUCACCAGCCACAUGUGGGCAGAUGGUAGGCCUGCUCUUGGGAGGACUUUGAUCUCUGCUGCUUCAUCUCGCCAUCUGAUGCCCAGCAUUCUGCGAAGAGCAGCCAUGUGGAAGUGGCUGAGCUGUCUUGCGUGUCUGACACACCAUCCGCGUCCCACAGGCAGACAGAAAGAAAAGGAUUCCCACAGCUCUGCAGACCUUCAGUUUUGUUGCUGGAUGGAUUGCUCAAGCACAGCCCACCGAAAGCACAACUUGGCUCUUGUGCAAUUCAGUUCAGUCUCGGCGGUCACUGCUUGGGACACGAAUGGGUGACGCAUUGAAGGCUUUGGUGAGGUCAACAAGGAUUGUACAGAGUUCACAAUGCUCAUGACUUUUCUUCUGAAGUUGGUGCUUGGCAAAAUUGAUGUCAACGGUCCCAGAAUUUUUAUGGAAGUCACACUGUGACUCUGGCAACAGGUACAGCUUCAGGUGUGUGACCAGAAAAAAAAACCUGCAAGAGUUUUUCCUGGGUUGAAGAGAGCGAGAUUCCUCAGUGGCUGUUGCGGAUGUGUUGUUUGUCCUUUUUCCCAUAGAAGUUACAGCGGAUGCAUCUUUGAGUUCCUGAGGAAUGGAUCUUUGCUUUUGAAAAAACUAGAAUGACUCAGGUAAGUUUUCCCAUGAAUAUAGUGUUACCAAUGUUGUAGAUCUCAGCAGGUGUGGCAUCUGCCCCUGAGGCUUUGACGCUAGAGAGCUGACUGGCAGCUUUCACGGGUUCAGCUGCUACGAGUGGUCCUCCUUAGCGCUGAUGGUGUCAGCCUAGGCCACCUUGUCUAUCGCCUCAUUGUUAAUAAAUGACAGUUAAGGAUGGCUUUAAAGCCAUGGCGUAUCUCUGCAGGUUCUCAGCCUUCUCUGCCAGGAGAGUUGUACUAUCUGUACCAGACCUGGGCAUUUUUAUGGCCUGCGGGCCACAUCCAGCCUGCAGGCAGUCCCAUUCUGGCCUGCAGCAUUAGAAUCUGUGGAUCGUUAGCGUGACGGGGUGUCGGCAGUGGGGGAGAGGUCUCAGCAGAGGGCAGGGCAGUGAUGCUGCUGUGUGGGGGGAGAUGUGUGGCAUUGGUGGAAGUGGGGUGUUGCUGUGGGUGGGCUAGUGACAACGAGGGCAGGGCGGUGCCAGCACGGAGGGGGUGGCCCUCCACAACGGUUCUGGUUUCUCAGGUGGCCCUUUGGGAAAAUUAACUGCUCACCCCUGAUCUAUUCACGAGAGGGGGGGAUUCCCAAGAGACUUGAGGGAAUAUUAAAGCAGGGUCUCCAAACUUGGCAAGCGAACAUUUUAUUAUUAGAUAGGUCAACCAUACAGGAAAACAAAGUUUAACACAACCCUUUCUUCCCCUCACAAGUCAGCCUUCUAAGACAGUGUUUCCCAAACUUGACAAUUUUAAGGCAUGUGGACUUCAACUCCCAGAAUUCCACAGCCAGCGUUGCUGGCUGUGGAAUUCUGGGAGUUGAAGUCCUCAUGCCUUAAAAUUGUCAAGUUUGGGAAACACUGUUCUAAGACAAUGUGCUUCGCUGCUAGACAGCCAUGUCAGAGUCGCUGGUUACAUCUGCAUUGCAUUUGCAUAGCCCCAGAGGUGGCUGGGAAAGCUGCUCACUGUGAGUUCAGGGGGAUUGAGACAAACUCCGGUGGACCAAGUUACUGGCCCACACACUUAACUGCGCAUGAAUCAUAUAACUGAAAAUCUAACCCAGCAGUAGCUCAUCCCUGUUAAGCGCUUCUGGGAUGGCAAUUUUAUUUUAGGAUGCCUGGCUUAGUUCACCGCAAUACUUGUUUUGCAGCUAUCUUUUAUGGUACUCUUUCAAAAUUUGUAUACUGUCCUCUUUGUAAGGAAGUUAUUAGUCUACGUGGACAGAUUGCUUAUCUAGAGUCUCUGGUCUGUGCCCUCCAGGCAGAAAUUAGGUGUCUAGUGCAGCCCUUCCAUUCUGUUGAGCUACCCGGCUGUCAGCCCCCUUGACCACAAAGACCCUGCAGGAGGAGGGCAGUGAGGACAACCGUGGGAUCUGGCAGGAGGACCACCAGGCAGCUCAUAUAUCACUGGUGUAUUCUUACGGUUCAGGAACACCCAGUCUCGGUUCCAGGCAUAGAGAGGUUGUAGCAUUUGAGUGAGCCGCUGAUGGUGAGUAAACACAGGUCCGUAAUGUCCCUGCGGCUCAAGCCCAAAGCGUCAAGUCCACCACCCGAUGAGUCGUAGAACAAUCCCUGGUUGGAGAUUAUGAUGGGCAGAUGGUGUACCGGAACAGAAGCGGAAGCUUUAGCCCAAUGAUGAAGGUUGGCGAUACAGAGAGGAUGUCCAUACUUUGCAAUUUUGAAGUCCUGGGCCUUUCUCACUCUUGACCACAGAGAUGUCAAUGGGUUCAUUCCAUGCACAAUCAAGUCCUGUUUGAUGAAAGAUGAACCGGAUGGGAUAAUGGGUUCCACCAUGAGUAAAUGCUUUCUUGCACAGGAGCUAUUCGAGGCACUGACGUACACAGUUGUGUCGUGCACAUCUUGCAUUGUGGGUGAGUUUGCAGACACGUAGGACCUUUGACGGUUUCGGGGGGGCACGACAGGCUCCUCUGUGGCACUUGUCGAUGACUUGGCAGCAAGUGUCCUGUGCCCUCCUUGACUUGGUGUGGAAUAAGAGGCCCCUCAGCUGGAUGUCCCAUAAAUACAGGUGGGGAACACCUGGGGGGGGGACAACAACCACACAUGACUGGCUGUGUCAACAUUUGGGAUACUCUGUUCUCGGCCACCGAUAGAUUUCAAGAGCAGAAUCCUCCACUCAGCUUGUACUUUUGCCUUUCUGGUGACGACUGUAGAGUUCAGUUUGCAUGGCUUGUUAAGCUUCCACCGCGUGGAGCGAAAGGCAUCUUGUUGCAGGAUGUCAAACACCGUGGUGGAGUUCAAUGCAGUCUUCUCAGGCCGGGCCUUCUGCAGAAGUGGCAUUGAGGUGGAGAAGCAGGGGACACCCCCCCCCCAAAGCCUCCAUCUUUGACAUUGGCAUGGAAGUAGCCCAGGGGAGUGUCCUUCAGUAGUCGCAGCCAGGGUCCCACUGCAGAGUGAACUGGGCAGUCCAAUUUCUUCAAGAUGUGCUGCGCAUGAUCUGGUGUGACCUCGUACGUGAAUUUGGGCACCGGAUACGUCAUCAGCAGCUUAAGACCUUGGUGUGGCUUAAGCAGUGUUUUUAAGAGCUCUUGCAGCAAAGUGUUCAGUCUGGAGACGCCGGUGUGAAAGGCUUCGUUUUAAGUUGUUUCUGUCAGCACACCCCUUCUGCCUAUGAUGCUGCGAAAGGAAACGCGAUGUCCUUCCAUACGUCAGAAGGCAUAAUAUUUAUGUGCAGUUAUUUACAGAUGCAGAAUAAGAAAACUGCCUGAAAUCUAAUCUGAUGGGGAAACAAGAGUCCGCAAAUCACUGCAAAGAAGCAGCAGAAAAGUUUGUUGCUACUUGAGUUGUUAUCUCCUGACCCACACCGUAUGUUGUUUAUUCAACAGUCAUUGGGGCAGUUGUCAAAAACAAAUCUACCAUUGCCCAAGAUACACAAAAGAAAACCUUGAUAAGCCUGAAAUAGUUUGGAAGAAGGAGGCAAAAUUGAAACUGAAAAGGCACCCUAAGAAAAAUGGAAAAAGAAACAGCUAACACCCCUAGAGAAAAAGCAUAUGCAACCGGAAGACCCCUCACACCCAGGUUCUACGGACACCCCCAAAUACACAAGGACAGGAUCCCCUUACGCCCAAUUGUGUCUCUACCUGGAACACCGAUGUACAAAUUAGCAAAAACCCUGCAGAAGAAACACUUUAGACACCUGGUCAACAACUCAACUAAACUCCCCAGAACAAUUUCUCCAAUGCAUCAAACACACGAAGAUCAACAAGGAAGAAAUUGUGGUCUCCUUCAACGUCACCGCCCUCUUCACCUGACGUCAACCUGGCUGAACAAACCAUAUACCACCUAUUCACCGAACACCAUACCCAUAAAGUGGAUACCACCACAUCCACAGAAACCAUCAUGAAACUCCUGGAUCUGUGCCUCAACAUAACACACUUCAAAUUCAAUGAAAUUGAAUGGGAAAAUGUACAAGCAAGCACAAGGCACCCUGAAUGGGAUCCCCCAUAUCAGGCCUCGUAGCAGGAGCAGUCACGCAACGCCUUGAAUCCAUUGCUCUACCCACCAUCCAAGAUUCUGGACACACAACAUGGAUGCCACCUUCGUCAUCAUCAGACGCUCCCAAAUUGAAGAAACACCCCACCUACUCAGUAACACCUUCCCUGGAUCAAAUUCACACAUGAAGGGGAAACUGACAAUGUACUGCCUAAAGUGUUGGAGGCAACCGGGCAUCCCUGAGGGAGGGGCAGCCUCCAGUUUGCCAGGUGAGGUUUAAGAUUCCAAGCGGAGGUGCGUUGACUCCACACACCAUAUGCACCCAUGAACAUCCGAGGGCCCAGCAGCGGUUCACUUCCCUUUGGGGUGUUCCUCCUCGCAUUCAGCCACCGCCUGCUGUCCUCUCCUGGAACACGGAGGGGCUCCUCCUGACCCCAAGCCCCCUUCACGGCUGUCGUGUGCCCAUUUUCCCUUGGGAAUCCUGCUUUGCAUGCCUCGGCCGUGUCCUUUUGGCCAAUUCAUCUGGCCUCCGCCCUUUUCAUAGCACUUGAUCCCAAACAUGGCAUUCCAGGCGAGGCUGGAUAACUGCAGAAGGUGCUGCAAACAUCAAAGCUUGGCUUUGUUGCAACCUCAUCGCCCACUGAAUCGGGUGUAGCUUUUGGCCUGCAACGGUCCCAGAAACCUGGCUGCUUUUACUGCUGCCGUGUCCAAAUUAUCCGAUCCUUUCCUUUGCAGAAGUUGGCCUGUGUUCCUUUGCCUCCACAUGGGGAGGUGAGGGUGGCCUUCAUGCAGUGUGUUGAACCAGCUUUUUGCAGAUCAGGAGAGGUCUGUUAAAUUAUGUUUUUCACGGGCUAAUAUGUGGGAUGUGGUGCCCACCUGCUCACUUGGUGGAUGCUUCGAGCUGUUUCUCAGCCCCAGAAAAUGGCUUGAUAACUGCCCAUGUCUUUCUGCAGGCUGAGUGGCCGGUCCUGGCUCUUCCUUGCCCUGAGUGAAUGUGGGGUGGAAGGAAGGAGAGCCAGGAAGGGAAGGGUCUUCCAGACCCCCGAGGGUCUUCUGGAUUCGAAAGCCCCUCCAGGGUUGCAUGGGAGGCAAAGGGGCCAGGAGGGAGCAGAGCAAAGCAAAAUGUUGCAUUGAAACUGGCCCUGGGGGGCUCACUGCCGGAGGGAGGGGCUGUCCCUGGGCAUGACUCUUGGCAGAGGACUUUUCCUUUUUUUUAAAAUGACACAGUAGCCCCUAAGCUCAUUUUGGACUCCCUCCCUCUGUGCCCCCACCGGCAUCCAACCCAAAUCCUGAUCCAGUCCCUGUUCCUCACUUAGGAGGCUUCCUGGGGAUCCCGCUUCCCCGCCUGCAGUUUUCCUACAGUCCCACUUUACUCCAUAGAGCAGAAUAAGAGUUGGAAGGGACCUUGGAGGUCAUCUAGUCCAACUCCCUGCAUCAGCAGGAGAGUCUAUAUACCAGUGGUGGUGAACCUAUGGCACAGGUGCCAGAGGCGGCACUCAGAGCCCUCCCUGUGGGCACGCACACUGUCGCCCCAGCCCCGCCACUCCCUGUGGCCCCCUCCUUACCAGCAGCCCUCCUGGAGGAGAGUUGCCCAGGGCACGGCCUGUGCACAACAACACAAGGACAUGGCAGCGGGGACAAGACUCCGCCCUCGCGCCCCAUCGCAUACAGAUGAUGCUGCGGGGUAUGGACAGAGGGCAUGGCCGCCAUGACGCUGCUGGGCCGCCUGGGCAAUUUGCUGUGGCAGGCCGUGGAGGUGGUGGGUGGCCCUGCGGGCAGGAGAGGCGGGGGCAGGGCAGGGGCGAGGCGGUUUUGGGGUACUGGGUCUCUAAAAAGUUCGCCAUCACUGCUAUAUACCAUUUCAAGCAAGUGGCUGUCCAGUCUCCUCUUGAACGCCUCUGGUGCUGGGCCUCCCUCCUUCCCAUAACUGACCAGGCUGAAAGAAGAUGGAGCAGAGGGGGGGAUUCUAUGUGUGUGGGGGGGGGUGUGUGUGUGUAUGAACUAAAGCCAUCAAUGUAAGCCCUAACAGGGUUUCUUACUUGGGCAUUGUGACGGGAAUGCAUCAAUGAAGGCUUGAUCACCUAGGUUUAGGGGUGAAUGUAUUGUGAGAAUCAGCUGCAAGUCUUUGUGGAGAUCAAAAGAAUACAGCAAACAGUCUGGUCAAAGUUAAAACUUCUUUUUAAAGUGGGGGAUGAUUGUCUCCUGCCCCAGCUUAGCCAGAGGGUCUUCCUGCUUCUGAAAUGGGAUGGGCAGCCAGCCUCCCCCCCCCCCAGUCCUCCAGGUCCCCUUUAAUUCAAUUCCAGUUCAGUUCAGUGGCAUUGUGGCUCUCCCCUCCCCUUAUUUCUAAGGGGUCUCCCAGCAAGGGACAAUCAGAUAUAAAUUCUUGGGAAAAGGAAGCUCUGCUGAAACCAGAUCAAGUUGGAUGCCUUUCGAACCCAAGGCCAAAGCUGCAUCCAUCUGAUCCGAGAUGCCAAAUCCAGGCAACUCACAAAAGGCAGCCAGACACGCUAUUGCCUAGGAGAGGAACCUGGGAGCUCAGGGCUGAAGUUUCCCUGUUCUCAGCUUGGUUUCCCCCCCCCCCUUUUCCCUGCAAACCUCCCUAGUGACUAGUCCACACCAUCAGCAGGAACCCACUAGGAAAAAAAAAAACACUAAAUUCAAAUUGUAACCCUUUGCUGCUCUCUAGUGGUCGAUCCGUUACAAGCCCUAAUCACAAUUGACUAGCAUCUGUAAGGUCUCUCUGGAUCUUAGCCACUGGAAGACUUGUGGACUUCAAUUCCCAGAAUCCCCCAGCGUGGGGACUUCUGGGAAUUGAAAUCCAUACCUCUUCCGGUUGCUAGGACUGAGAAACACUGGUCUAGAUUGUCAUUUGCAGCCUUGGAGUCCUCAAAGGGAUGGACUCUGGCGUUUCCUGAGUCGGUGUAUGGGGGGAGGGGGUCAGAUCCUCCUAUCUGAGACUUUAAUUUUAAUCACAUUAAGACAGGGGU